CUGGCUUAAAUAAGAAGGCCUUGGACCAAGAGAUCAGGACCACUCUCCUGGGACUUCGGCUUCUUCACUUGUGCCCCGUCUCCCCUCCAUCUAAACUGCAUCAUGGGUGAUUUCACUGCUGACCAGAUUGAGGACUUCAAAGAGGCCUUCGGUCUCUUUGACAGAGUUGGCGACAGCAAGAUUGCCUACAACCAGGUUGCUGACAUCAUGCGUGCUCUGGGACAGAACCCAACCAACAAGGAUGUCAAGGCAAUUCUGAAUAACCCAAGUGCUGAAGACAUGGCCAACAAGAGGAUUGACUUUGAUGCUUUCCUCCCCAUGUUGAAGACUGCCAAUGGCCUCCAGAAGGGAACCUAUGAUGACUACGUUGAGGGUCUGCGCGUCUUUGACAAAGAAGGCAAUGGCAAAGUGAUGGGCGCUGAGCUGCGCAUUGUACUGUCCACACUCGGAGAGAAGAUGACCGAGCGUGAGGUUGAAGACUUGAUGAAAGGCCAGGAGGACGAGAACGGCUCUGUCCCUUACGAAACUUUUGUAAAAAACAUCCUGUCUGUGUAAGAAGCCCCUUCUCCAAGAGAGUGGUGAGAGAAAGGUGGUGUAUCUACAGACCCCAUGGUGUCAGGAUGUCAACUAUGUUUUUGAAGACCAACUGAACAACACAAAAAGGACUAUGAGAUGUAAUUUCUAAACACAUUCUCUUGAUUUUUUUGCCUUUUGCCCACAUAUUUCUCUCUCUGGAAGUCAGCCUACCAUCAAGCUGUUUUUUUUGGCCCUUGAGUCUUUCCUUUCAUUUCGGGCCCGGGGACUGUGUACCACAAUUGGGUGGAAAGCGAGGGAACAGUCAAUGUCCGCUCAUCAAGUGAGGGUGCAUUUUCUGUUCUUCUCGGCCACCCGUGACACUCCAGCCGUGCUAAAGGCACGACACUUGGCCGCAGUCCCCACUGCCCAGACCUCACACACUCAUGUUUCGCAAUAAACACUUUUUCCAAAAGUU